AAAAAAUGCCCUGCGUGUUUCAAGAGGUACAUAUCAUCAACCGGAGAAUUUUUUUAUCACCUGAAGUUUUGGCACCACUCAGUUCAUCAGCCUCGGUGUGGGGUUUGCUUGAAGCACUGUAGAUCGUUCGAAUCUGUUCGGGAACACCUUCACGUCACGGUUCCGGACGGUCUCUCUCGACCAUUCAAAGAAAAGUGCAGUGAAAUUUUCGCUAAACAAGGCUGUACUCUUUGCCUUAAAGUCUUUGAGGAUGCCACUGCUCUGGCUGAACAUAUAAAAAUGUGUCGCCUGUCUCCACCUCCUCCUUUUGAACCAGAUAUCCUAUUCCCUGAGGUCAAUGCUUCUCCUGCCCGUGGUCUAAACACUAGUGGCACACGUAUGAAAGCAAUGGCACUCGACUGUGAAAUGGUUGGUGGUGGUGAUGACGGGUCUCUUGAUCUGUGCGCAACGGUUUGCCUGGUUGACCAAGAUGAGAAAGUGAUCCUUUUCACUCUCGUGCAACCACAACAAACUGUUACCGAUUACAGAGAGGCUGUAACGGGAUUGACGGAGGAAGAUUUGAAGCAAGGUAUGCGACUUGAGGAUGUACGAGAUCGCGUUUUGGAAAUCUUGCGCGGGGAUGGAGGGCAUCUUCUUAUUGGUCAUGACCUCAUCCAUGAUAUGCGUUGCUUGCAACUCCAGUAUCCUAGGGCUUUGUGGAGAGACACAGCAAAAUACGAGCCAUUGAUGAAGACAAAUCUUGUUAGCCACUCAUUGAAGUACCUCACAAGGUCGUAUCUCGGAUAUGAGAUCCAAUGCGGGAAGCACAAUCCUUAUGAGGACUGUGUAUCUGUGAUGAGGCUGUACAAGAAAAUUCGGGAUCAAGGUCUGAACUCGUGCACACAGAACGACAAGAUGAAGAAGCAACAAGAGCUACAAAACGUGUACUCCAACUCCACAUCAGCGUACGUCUGUUGGUGCCAUGACAAU